UUCUUCAUCAUCUUCAUCAUCACCAAUCACAAAAACCCAAAGGCAAAAACUUUCCCGAGAAAAACUCAAAAAUGGCACCAAAAGCCGGAAAGAAACCAGCAGAGAAGAAACUCUCCGCGGCAGAGAAAGCUCCAGCAGUAGAAGAAGAGAAAGUAGCCGAAAAAGCACCAGCAGAGAAGAAACCAAAAGCCGGAAAAAAGCUACCAAAAGAAGCCGUCACCGGAGGAGUCGACAAGAAGAAGAAACGAGUCAAGAAAAGCACAGAAACAUACAAGAUCUAUAUCUUCAAGGUGUUGAAACAAGUUCAUCCAGAUAUUGGAAUCUCAAGCAAAGCUAUGGGGAUUAUGAACAGUUUUAUCAAUGAUAUAUUCGAGAAACUUGCGCAAGAAGCUUCGAAAUUAGCUAGGUAUAAUAAGAAACCUACGAUUACUUCUAGGGAGAUUCAGACAGCUGUUAGACUUGUUUUGCCUGGUGAACUUGCUAAGCAUGCUGUUUCUGAAGGAACUAAAGCUGUUACUAAGUUUACUAGCUCUUAGGGUUUGUGGGUUUUGUGUUUAGGUUUCAGAUCUUGGUUUCUUUUGGUAUGUAAUCUGAUGGGUUUAUGUUCUUUUUUGUUUAGUUUAUAUUAAUGUCUCUUUUGAAGUAAGAUUAUGAAUGUUGAUCUCUGUAUUUUGUGUUUAAUGACUUUGAAUAUUGUCAAACUUGGUUUGGUGUUCUACAAGAAGUUUGAUUUUUUAUGGAUGGUUAUGGAAAUUUAUGGAUU